CGUCACGUCUUUCGUAGUUGAAAUUUUCACAAUUUCGCAUUGAUUUUCAUUCCUUUUCUCUCUUCCGUUUUUUUACAUUAAUAUAAUAAAGACAAAACAUCAUUAGAAAUACAAAAAUCCAAUUUGCAUCAGCAAAAAUUAAAAACAAUAUUGUGAUAGGCUAAAAGUUACUCCUAAGCGUAAAUAACUUAAAUUUUGUUUUGUAGAAUAGUGAACAGUGAACUUUGCUCCUCGUAUUUUUUUGUUAAAUGUGGUGUAAAGGCAUUUUCCAAUAAGUCCUUUAUCCGUAGUAAGCAGUAUAGAUAACAUACGGAGUGUGGACUUUGAUUGUGUAUAUAUAAUUGUACAUCUACGAAUAGCCUGUGAGGUACAAGGUAUCUCAGUGAUAUUAUAACGUGAAUAAAUUCAACAUGGGUAACAAAUCAUCUCUAUUGUUGCGUGAGGAAGAAAUCGCUCAGAUUCAGGAAGAAACUGGUUUUACUCCAAACCAGAUAGAAAGGCUGUAUUCUCGAUUCACAUCACUAGACAAGAAUGACUGCGGCACUCUAUCCAGGGAAGAUUUCUUAAGGAUACCGGAGUUAGCUAUCAAUCCACUGAGUGAGCGUAUUGUCCACUCCUUCUUUGCGGAGAGCCAUGAUGACCGAGUGAACUUCUUGCAGUUCAUGAGAGUGCUCGCACACUUUAGGCCAAUCAGGAAGAAUAGAGAGAAUAAGCUCAAUAGCAGAGAUGAGAAGUUGAGAUUUGCAUUUUCAAUGUAUGACUUGGACAAUGAUGGUAAAAUCUCAAGGGAUGAAUUAUUGGCCAUACUGCACAUGAUGGUUGGAGCUAAUAUCAGUGAAGAACAAUUGACCAGCAUUGCGGAACGCACAAUCUUGGAAGCGGACACCAACAACGACCAGAUGAUAUGCUUCGAGGAAUUCUGCCACGCCCUGGAACGGACAGAUGUCGAGCAGAAGAUGUCCAUCCGUUUCCUCAACUGACCUCCACACUCCUGAACCGACAACAUUAAGUACAUACUAAUGUUUAUAUUAGCCAUUAUCAUAUAUGGGCUAUUUAACAAGAAAUGAAUUAUGUAUGUAUAUGAGUUACUUCAAGUGUUUUGGAGAAUUAGUUCUUAAAUUGGGUUAGAUUAGGUCUAUUUUAGUGUAUUGUUUUAGGCAAAACUGUGUGAUAAAAUGUAUUUAUUGAUUUACAUCACAUGAUAGGUGUAACGAAAAUUAUGAUAAAAUGAGAAAUGAAAAGAAAACUAAACACAGAAAAAGAAAAAUGGUGGAUGUUCAUUACUAAAGAUCAUGUUGAGAUGUAGCGAGCUAUGUAAUUGAACGCAAUUAUAUUUAUGUUUUAGUUUCAUGUGAUUGAUUUAGUAUUGGCAAUGACUUGUGAUAAAAUAGCGAUGAAUUUAAUCAUAAAGAUCCUAUAUUGUAAGAGUUAAAAAAAAACUAGCUGUCUUUCAUAGGCUAUCGUAAUAAAAAUAAACAUAUUUUGGGCAUACAUUUUUUUUAGCUAACAAAUGUAUAAUGUAUAUGUUGAGUAAUUCUGUACUUCUAGACUUUGUUUUAUCUAAAAAAAAUAAUAACUCAAUACUUUUAGAAAAUUAGAGGUUGAUAGAUUUAUUUGACAUAUAAUCGGCACAUCUAGCAUUAGACUAGAUUCAUGGAGGUACAGUUAGCAGAGGUAUUUGGUAUGCAGGUAAUAGGUAGACAAUUCUUUACAAAGAAAACAUUUUCUAAAAGGCAAAUCUUUUGUACAAGCCAAGAAUAGAGACAGCUACUGUCUCUGUAUGUACUGAAUCAAUCUUUAUUUUCUUAUCUGUAUACCAAAUAACUUGGCUGAUUGUACUUUCUUUUCUGUUAAAGCAUUUAUUCUAAUUGAAUAGACUUGGUAACCGCACCACAGUAUAGCAAAUCCCUCGUUUGUAGUAGAGGCCCAUAGUUCAGUUGUGGACUCUCACGUCCAGGCCAGCUGUACACGGACCGCUCGAGCAUUACCGUUAGUAUGAGUUUACGAUUAAAGUAAUCAAAACGAGAGCGCGUUCGGCGCUCUAAUUGGUGGGUUUAUUGGAGCCCCCAAUCAGAGCGCUGAACGUGCUCUUGAUUUGAUUACCUUACAGGUAAAGCAUACUCGUACUAAGGGUACAAUUAACAGCACGAUGGAAUUUCAUCAUGCAGUUGAAGGCUUACGGCAGCAAAUGAAUGACUAUACUUCACCGCAGUCGAUCCCAACUGCUCGAAGCAAUCUGUGUACGGCUGGCCUUAACUAUAUUCGCACAUAUAGAAGUUCAAAUAUAACAGCAUUUAACUUGUUGAAACUUGUUAUUCAAUAGAUAGAAAAAUAUAUAGAGAAAUAACAAUUGUUUAGUCUCAGUAAUGUGUAGUACAUAGCUGUUGAUGCUAGUUUUUGUCUACACAAUAAAAUGUAUUGUUUGUUUUUUCUUAUUAAUUUUGUUCCGUUCCAAAGCCGUUUCAAUAAAUUAUGUUAAUUAUUUUGCUUAUAAUGGCUACGAAGCUGUAUGUAUAAAAUGAUAAUUUAUUUUACUUAACUUGAUUUAAAUGUUUUAUGUAUUUAUUUCAUGUUCUAGUUGAUGUUUAGAAGUUAGGAAUAAAUAUUUUUUGUACAACAA